UUUAAUAAUUUAUUGUAUUAUAGAUAUGUAGGAAAUUUUUAAAUAUGAUCUUUACGAUAUAAAAGUUUAUAAUGUGUAAAUAUAAUGUUAAUGCUAGUUACGUUUAAUUCAAAAUUUAAAUAACUCGCAUUAAGAAUAAAAUUAUUUCAUCCACAUAUGUAACAUAUACGUUAUUAAUUGUUUAAGUAAAAAUAAAUAGUAUAUUUAAAUAUAAAACAUAGAGUUAUAAAAAUUAAACUUCUUAAGAUAUUAAACACCAUAACCAAGAAAAGUAUGGAAAAUCAAAUUCACUCUGAACUAAUUGUAAAAGAAGAGGAAGAAGAAGACGAUGAAGAAGAGAAAGAACAAAAAUGUGAUACUCCUACUAAUGAAACUAAAAGUAUUGUGCGUGAUGGAGAAUCAACAAUUGGUAUCAGACCAAGACCAUUAAUUUGUAAGCCAGAAAAUGUAAAUAUUGGGUGCAAGUCUGAACCUAUAGAAACUAAAUGGCAUUGGGCUCCAGGAGCAUGGCAAGAUGCUACAAGAACCAGUGCCUUCCAACCAUAUAAGCCUCCUACGUUACUUACUAAUUUACAAAGAGGUAAUACACAAACAGAAAUAUCUCAACUUUAUGGUGGUAGCGAUAUUACAUUCCAUACAUUAGCUGGCCAAGGUGAACUUACACCUGAACACAUACAUCCAAGUACUGUUGAUACACCCGAUGAAAAGGGUUUAACUGGUCUUAUGUGGGCUGCGAGAUAUGGACAAUUAGGCAGUGCAAGGCAAUUACUUAAAGCUGGUGCGAACAAAAACUACCGUGGUCUCAAUGGAGAGACUCCUUUGCAUUUAGCAGCUGCUUAUGGACAUCAUGAUCUUGUAAAAUUGUUGUUAAACCAUGGUGCAGAUUCCAAUGCAAGCGAUGAGGAAGGAAAUACACCUUUGAUAUAUGGAGCAAAUGGAGAUCAUCCACAUGUAUGCUACGAAUUAUUAUCUAGAGGCGCGGAUAUAACGCGUCGUAAUAUGUAUAAUAUAAGUGCUUAUCAUGCAGCAGUAUUAAAUAAUUCACUAACUGCUAAAGCAGUAAUUGAAAAUUAUUUGAUACAACAAGUGGUAAACAUAUCACCAAAUAUAUUGCAAUAAAGUAAUGCAAUAUAAAUAACGUAAAUAUAAUCUUAAAAUUUGUAUAGGUUUUAAAAAAUUGUACAAAUUACAUAGUGAUAUUUACACUCGAAUAUUUUAAUAAAUAUUUUUUAUUUUUAA